AUGCCCAUCCUCGGCCUCGACCCGUCGCUGUACCCGCGCCACCCGCCGCACUUUGACAUCGAGCAAGUCAUCCGGCCCAACAUCCUCGCCCUGCACCCCUACCGCUGCGCCCGCGAUGAUUAUUCCUCUGGCAUCCUGCUCGACGCCAACGAGAACGCCCUCGGCCACUCCAUCUCUCCGGAGGGCAACGGAAAUGCAACCACAGCAGAAAUCGACUCUACACUCGCCCUCGACCUGCACCGCUACCCCUCACCGACGCACGACGACAUCAAGUCCCGGAUCGCACUACUUCGGGGGCUGCCUGGUGCGAACCACGUCUUCCUAGGCGUAGGCAGCGACGAGGUCAUCGAUCUCCUGAUGCGCGUGUGCGCGCGGCCAGGCCAGGACAAAAUCCUGACCACGCCGCCGACGUACGGGAUGUACGGGGUGUGCGCGCAGGUGAACGACGUUGGUGUCGUGGAGGUGGACCUUGAGCUCAGCGGGGAGAAGGGCGAGGGGGGUGAGGAGGGGCGGUUUUCGGUCAGGGUGGACGAGGUAAAGAAAGCCGUCGCGGCGGACCCGAGCAUCAAGCUUAUCUUCCUCUGCUCGCCGGGCAACCCGACCGGCACCCUGCUCUCCCUUGCCUCCAUCCGCGCGAUCCUUGCAGACCCCGCUUUUAAGGGCAUCGUAGUCGUUGAUGAGGCCUACAUCGAUUUCGCACCCGAAGGGAGUAGUGCCGCCCAACUAGUAACGGAGUUCGCGAACCUAUGCGUCGUGCAGACGUUGUCCAAGAGCUUCGGGCUCGCAGCGAUCCGGCUCGGCAUCGCCCUCGCGCACCCCGCACUCAUCCAGAUCCUCAUGAACACCAAAGCGCCGUACAACAUCUCCAGCCCGACCGCGCACCUCGCCUCGCUCGCGCUCGCCCCCGCCUCCCUGCGGUCCAUGCGCGCCAAGGUCGACACCCUCGUCUCCUCGCGCCAGACCCUCCUCAGCGCCCUCCAUUCGCCCGCUUUGAAGACAUUGGGACUGGGCGAGGUCAUCGGUGGCAACGACGCGAACUUUGUGGUCGUGCGGGUGCUGGGCACGGACGGGCAGCCGGACAACGAGCGCGCGAAGCGGGUGUACAAGGCCCUGGCGGAGGAGGCGGGCGUGGUCGUUCGGUACCGCGGGAGCGAGAAGGGGUGUCAGGGCUGUUUGCGGAUCACGGUGGGCACGGAAGAGGAGAAUGACGUUUUACUGAAGAGGUUGGAGGAGACGCUUGCCAGGAUAUAG